ACAAAAGAAGUCACUAAAACCCAUUUUCUCAAGGACCCAAACGCAGUCUAUCUAAAACCCAUAGUACGACACCGUAAAUGACCACCGGAACCCAUCUCCUCCGCUUACUCGUCUCCUGCCGGAAAAUCACGGCACAGGUGACAACCAGCAGCACCGACACCAUCGUAGCUAUGGCUUCAUCAGCUGAGCAAGAGUUCGCAGCGCAGUGUAGAGCCAAUCUCAACCGAGUGCCUAGGUGCCGCAAUCUCUGGGACACGAAGAUGGCUUCUAGAGUCGGAGAUAAGCUCGGAGAUCGGCUCAGUGAAGUUGGAGUCCACAACGUGGAAAUCGACGUUGAAGAGGAGCUCAAUAGGCCGGUGCACUACCGGCAAAUGGUGGCGCCGCUUUUUGAGUCCGUCAAGCGCAAGGGCAUUGCCGUCGUUGGAGCUGACAAAUUGGUUUUCUAGUCAAAUUUUGUUUCAAGUUUAAGCUGAUCCUUUAGGCAGUUUUCGAAGCAUAGGUUGGUUCAUCUAAGGUUACACAACUCUUAACAAUUGUGU